AUGACAUUUAAAGAUUGUUAUAAUCUGACAGAAUUCACACUGCUGGGUCUGAUAGAUGAAUCGAAGUUAAACAUCCCAGUUGGUGUAUUACUCAUAUUUGCCUAUGUCAUAAUUUUUUUGGGAAACUUCACCAUCAUCGCUCUGUUUUCUGCAGAUUCCCAUCUGCACACUCCCAUGUACAUCUUCUUAUUCAACCUUUCCAUCAUUGACAUCGCUUCAGCAUCAAAUAUUCUGCCUAAACUAUUUAAUUUGCUCCUCAAAAAAAAUAACAUGAUUUCAUUUGCAGGAUGUAUAGCUCAGAUGUAUUUCUUUCUGUCCUUGGUUGUUACUGAGCUUAUGCUGCUUACAGCCAUGGCAUAUGACCGCUAUGUGGCAAUCUGUCACCCUCUUAAUUAUGUUGUUAUAAUGAGUUUUAAAAACUGUGCUGGUUUCUCAAUUGCUUCUUGGGUUGUGGGCUUUUCGGAUAUAAUUCAAUAUGCUAUCAUUAUAUCUAAGAUGUCCUUUAGGGCAGAUCGUCCUAUUGACCAUUUCUUUUGUGAUGUAUCCCCAUUACUGAUGAUCGCCUGCAGUGAUAUAUCCAUGGUGGAAAUGUUAAACUACAUUCAAGGGGCUUUUGUGGCAUUUCCUACAUUUCUGCUUAUAUUAGUUUAA